GUCACACACCAAAUCUUCACCGAAGUCAAAGUCUUGCUACAUCGUUUUUGUAGCUCAUCAUCAUCAAUCAAACCAUCGACAGAUCAUACUCACACAUACAACUGCAGAGAAUGGCGGAGCCUGGGAAUUCGAUGUUGUAUUCGCUACUGUUGUUUGUGGUUACUCUUUCUCUUCAAGAAAUGUACAGAGGGAAGUUAGCCUCUUCCGAAUUAUUCACCAUUCUUGGAGGCUUCACCAGCUCUCUCGUCUUUCUGUUCUUACUUACGUUCAUUGGAAAUUACCAGGAAACUGCAGGAGUUAAGACUGGAUGGGGCACUGUGAUUCUAGCAGAGGCUGUUGCUCUCAUUGCAGCUGGAACUGUCCAUCGAGUUUGUAUAACAACAUGCUUUUUGUUCUCGGCUGCAUUAUUGUACGAGGUCAACAAAAUUUCAGGAGUUGUGGUAUCAAAAACUGAAUCAAAAGGUCGAAGGCAUUGAAGGUGGGGCCUAUUCCUAUCUCAUGAGACAUUUACCCAUUUUCGUUCUCAUUGUAACCUUCACUGUUAGAUAUAUUCUUGUAGACCAAUAUAUACUAGACUGAAUGUUCAACUUCAUCAAUAGAUCAUGGUAUGGGUACUGUCUAGACUAAUGUUCCAUGCAAUUAGGGACUUGUUUAGACAGCAGUCAAAAGUGUUAGUGUUAAACCGAGUAUUUAUAACCAAAUUUUGUUGUUGGUAUGGAUGUGCAUCAUAGAACCAA